AUGGUGUGUUUCGAUAAGUCAAUUCUUAAACAUCGACGAAUCGCUCCUCAAUCUAGGAUACGACUGAAACGAAUGAAAAUGUACUCAACGCUUGUACAAGGUGCGGCUACGCAGGCGAUGCCUCCCCAAAUGACCUUGUUGGCAACUGAAGGCGGCGUCCUUCGCAAAAAAUAUGACGAUUUGUCUCGGGCCAUCACAUCUCUCGACUUUCAGAUGAAUUUAUUGAGGGCCAACAUGGAGGUACUCAAAAGAGAGCAGUUAGGGAGUAAGUUUGAUGUGUAUAAAACGGUGCUACACCCUUGUCGCUGUCUCCCCAAUGAAGUCUUGGCGAUUAUAUUUGGCCUGUGCGUGGACGAAGAAGUCGAUAUUCGAAAACUCAUGGGAUCAACCCUAGACACCAAGAAGUCACCUUAG